AUGGCCUCUCUUCACUUUGCUUUCUCAUCUUUUUCACUGUCUUGGAUCUCUAAUUUGCCGGAGGAGAUUCUGGACAGUAAGUCUCCGACGUGGAAUAAGGGAAUGAUUCACUAUACAGGAGGUAGCAAAGAAGUUUAUGUGGCUUAUGCAGUUCAAUUUGCCAAAGAUUUGGAGACAUUCUUGAAUGCAAGGGCAGAAGAACUUGUGGGUGGAGGGCUGAUGGCUCUUCUGAUUUCUACUGUCCCUAAUGUUAUGAACUCUUCUGAAACUACAACUGAGUCAGAGAUUGAUCCUCUUGGAUCUUGCCUCAUGGUAAGAAAUGCUGACAAAUUAUAA